UCGUCACUCGAAAAAUUAUAUAUAAAUAUAACUAUUUACUCUUUUUGUGUUAACAUUAUUUUCUUAUUAUUUUUUUUUUUUCUCUCUUCGUUUCAUUCUUCACAAGUGCUCGAUUUCUAACUCGGUGUCUCAUCGGAUCUGAAAACCGAUCGCGAUUUCCGAUCACUGGAGACCCGAUCUGACACCGCGAAAAUCGGAUUCCGUUUUAACAUUAUCGUUCUCAUAAAAUCUCACUAGAUCUCAAAAUCGAAAUUGGAAAUUGGAAACCCUAAUUUAAUUACUGACCUAAAUUUUUUCUGUAAUUUGUAAACCUAUUUUUGAUUUCGGUGUUCGUGUUGUUGUGUGAUUUAUUUAUUCUCUGUAUAUUAAUGGUUUUUGGAUCAUUUUUGGAUUGUGAAAAUUCGAAAAACUUUGAAGGAAUGGGGAAAGAGGUUGAGGAUGUGGAAGAGGGUGAGAUUUCUGAUACUGCUUCUGUGGUAGAGAUUAGUGAAGAGGAUUUCAAUAAGCAAGAUGUUGUUAAGGUGAAUAAUAAUAGUGAUAGUGAUAAGGCUAAAACUGGGGGUGAUGCUAGGGUUUGGGCUGUUCAUGAUUUGUAUUCAAAGUACCCUACUAUAUGUCGUGGUUAUGCUUCUGGAUUGUAUAAUCUUGCUUGGGCACAAGCUGUUCAGAAUAAGCCUUUGAAUGAUAUUUUCGUAAUGGAACUUGAUUCUGAUUCUAAUGCUAAUGCUAAUAGUAACAACGAUAGCAAUAAUGGUAAUGGUGAUUUGAAUAUGCCGUUGAAGGAGGUUGUGAUGGUGGAUGAUGAUGAAAGAGAGGAAGGGGAGUUGGAGGAGGGUGAGAUUGAUGGUGAUGAUGAUACAGGGGGUGUUAUGGUGGGUGGUGAUGGUUCUGAGACUGUUUCUGAAUCUGAUAUUAGGGAUUUUUUGGAGGGAGUUACUGUUGCUAAUGUGGCAGAAUCGUUUGCUGAAACCAUUAGUAGGCUUCUGAGGGUCUUACAGAGCAAAUUGUUAUCUGGACCUGCUGUUUCUGAAAAAGAUUAUGUUAUUCGUUUGUUGUACAAUGCAAUUGAAAUUGUUCAUUCUGUGUUCUGUUCGAUGGACAAUUUGCAAAAAGAAGAUAAUAAGGAUAACAUAAUAAGAUUGCUUUAUUUUCUGAAGAAUGAACACACUCAGUUAUUUUCUCCUGAGCAUAUGAAAGAGAUUCAGGUCAUGAUUACUGCAAUUGAUACUGUUGAUGCUUUGGGUAAUAGUGUGGUUGUUGGAAAUGGUGAAAAAUUGGACACCCUUGAUAUAAAGACUCGGCAAAUUCAAGGUUUAAAAGCUAGUGAGUUGAUUUCUUCUAGUAAGCUUGUCCAUAGUAACUUAACUGAGGCAUCAGAAGCCUUGUUAUCUGGACAAAGUAAUAUUAAAGGAAGAGGGGUUAUGCUACCUCUAUUCGACCUUCAUAAGGUUCAUGAUUUAGACAGUUUACCAUCACCCACACGAGAAGCUCCGUCCUUCUUCCCUGUGAAUAAAUUGUUUUCGGUAGGAGAUGGGAUGGAUAGACCGGGGUUGCCUUCUGCUGGUAAGACAGAGGCUGUGAAGAUGGAACUGGACACUGAAAAUUCCAAGAAUCAUCUCUAUGAAACUGAUGCUUUGAAAGCUGUUUCCACAUAUCAGCAGAAGUUUGGCCGAAGUUCCUAUUUUACAGAUGAUAAGUUUCCAAGUCCAACCCCUUCAGGUGACUGUGAGGAAGGGGUUGCUGAUGCCAAUGAGGAGGUCUCUAGCGCUUCUAUAGCUGUUUCUUUAACAAGCUCUAAACCCCUCUUAGAUCAGAUGCCCGUUUCUUCCACCUCCGUCGAUAGGUCCAGCAUGCAUGGAUUAAUCAAUUCUAGAAUUGAGGCAGCAAGUUCUGUGACUUACCCAGUGAAAACUUCAGCAAGGAGUAGAGAUCCUAGGCUUCGUUUCAUUAAUUCUGAUGCAAGUGCUUUAGAUCUUAACCAAUCUUUAGGGACAAAUAAUAUGCCUAAAGUGGAAAAUGCUGGAAGAGUAAUCUCAAGAAAGCAAAAGACCACUGAAGAGCUUUCAUUGGAUGCUACUGCACCUAAAAGACUUAGAAGUUCUUUGGAAAAUUCCAGGCACAAUACCAGAGAGGAAAGAACUAUGGCCGGAAAUGGUGGUUGGUUGGAAGAAAAUAGGGUAGCUGGAUCUCACUUGAUAGAAAGGAACCAUUUAAUGCAAAAAGGGGAAACUGAACUAAAAAAGACUAUGAGUACUAGUUCUGGUUAUUCAACUGUGACAAGUAACGGAAAUGAGCAGGCACCUGUUACAGUUAGCAACACUGCAGCUGCCUUACCUGGUUUAUUGAAAAAUAUAGCUGUAAAUCCAACCAUGUUACUAAAUAUACUUUUAGAGCAACAACAGAGAUUAGCAGCCGAAGCCAAUAAGAAGCCUGUUGAUUCUGCGACAAGUACAAUGCACUUAACAAAUUCGGCAAGGGGACCAGAUGCAACUGUGAAUACUGGUCCAGCAAUGACUGCUGGUCUUCCCCAAAGUUCUGUUGGAAUGCUUCCAGCCUCAACACAAGCAGCUUCCAUGGCACAUACCUUACUAGAGGAUUCUGGAAAGAUUCGCAUGAAACCCCGUGAUCCACGUCGCAUUCUACAUGGAAGUAGUAGUCUCCAGAAGAGUGGGAGUACGGGGAGUGAACAAUCCAAAAGCGUUGUAUCCCCUACGUCAAACAACCAGGGGAAUGGGGGCAAUGUCAAUGCUCAGAAGCUUGAUGUUAGAGUUGAGACAAAAUUGGCACCUACACAGUCAAGUGCACAACCUGAUAUCACUCGACAAUUUACCAAGAAUCUUAAAAACAUUGCUGAUAUUAUGUCUGUUUCCCAAGAACCAUCAACCCAGCUUCCUGCUACUACUCAAAACGUUUCUUCUGCAUCUGUUCCCUUUACAUUAGAUAAAGCUGAACUGAAAUCUGGUGUACCUAACUCUCAGAACCUGCAAGAUGGCGUAGGAUCAGCUCCUGAAACAUGUGCACCAGGUUCCUCUCGAUCCCAGAGUACAUGGGCUGAUGUUGAGCACCUUUUUGAAGGUUAUGAUGAGAAGCAGAAAGCUGCUAUACAAAGAGAGAGAGCUAGGAGGCUUGAAGAACAGAAUAAAAUGUUUGCUUCAAAGAAGUUGUGCCUUGUUUUGGACCUAGACCACACACUUCUUAAUUCUGCUAAGUUUGUGGAAGUUGAUCCCGUGCAUGAUGAGAUAUUGAGAAAGAAAGAAGAACAAGACCGUGAGAAGCCUCAUAGACAUCUUUUUCGUUUUCCUCAUAUGGGAAUGUGGACUAAACUCAGACCAGGAGUCUGGAACUUCCUGGAGAAGGCUAGUAAACUCUAUGAGCUUCAUCUUUACACUAUGGGAAACAAGCUAUAUGCUACAGAAAUGGCAAAGGUGCUUGAUCCAAAGGGAGUAUUGUUUGCUGGUAGAGUUAUUUCUAGAGGUGAUGAUACUGAAUCAGUUGAUGGUGAUGAGAGAGCGCCUAAAAGCAAAGAUUUGGAAGGUGUUAUGGGUAUGGAAUCAUCUGUUGUGAUUGUAGAUGAUUCUGUGAGAGUCUGGCCUCAUAACAAACUGAACCUUAUAGUGGUGGAAAGGUAUACAUACUUCCCGUGUAGCCGACGCCAAUUUGGGCUUCCUGGCCCUUCUCUUCUUGAGAUUGACCACGACGAGAGACCUGAAGCUGGAACUCUGGCAUCCUCUUUGGCGGUUAUUGAGAGAAUACACCAAAACUUUUUUGCUUCUCAAUCCUUAGAAGAAGUGGAUGUCCGAAAUAUCCUAGCUUCAGAACAGAGGAAAAUAUUGGCCGGUUGUCGAAUAGUAUUUAGUAGGGUGUUUCCUGUUGGCGAAGCCAAUCCCCACCUUCACCCGCUGUGGCAGACAGCUGAACAAUUUGGUGCUGUUUGCAUAAACCAAAUUGAUGAUCAGGUUACUCACGUAGUUGCUAAUUCCCUUGGGACUGAUAAGGUGAAUUGGGCUAUUUCCACUGGAAGAUUUGUUGUCCAUCCUGGCUGGGUGGAAGCAUCAGCAUUGCUUUAUAGGAGGGCAAACGAGCAAGAUUUUGCCAUUAAACCAGAAAAAUAACCUCCUCCUAAUCCCUCUUUGGUAAACUAAAAUACGUGAAACAUAAAUCAAGAAUCACAUUGAUUCCGGGUGAAUUCAUUAGGUAAGAAAUGGUCAGGGGAGGCAAUUUUAAUUCGCAACCCCAGUCCAUUGGAGGGUGGUUAUUGGUGAGUGGGUUAUUUUUUACAAUGUGGACUGGCCAAUUGCUGAGUUAAUGGAGGACUGUAUAAAUUAGAGGUGGUUAUUGGUAAGUGGGUGAUUUUUUACAAUGCGGACUGGCCAGUUGCUGAGGAAUUAAUGGAGGACUGUAUAAAUGACUGGUGAUUAUUGGGAUUUUGCUACUGACUUUGGUGGCUAAGGGGGGCUGAAAAAUUGAAGUUGAAUGCUCUAGGGGACGGACUAGGUGAGUAAUAUUGUGGAGUGGAGAUGGAUUAAGUGAAUAGCUCCCAGUACAUUUUGACUGAGAUGAUAACAGAAGGGAAAUAUACUUACGCUGACUGAAAAAUCAAAGGCCUCUCGGCUUUUAGAGUGUUAAAAAUAAGGAAAAUUCAGAAUGAGGAGAUAUUGACUAAACCUAAUUUAGAAAAAUUAAUUGCUUGAUUAGUCCUUGAGUCUAGGGAGUAGAUGAGGGUGCUCGAACAAUGAAGGCAGGAUUUUUGGGAAGUGGAUAGUUGGCCCAGCAAAGUGAAUUUUUUAUAAUUGAAUUUGUAUCUAAAUGUGAAAGCAUUUUAGGGGGAUUAAAAUUAAUCUUCAUUCACCACUCCCUUCCCUAACACAAAUAAAAUUGGGUAGGGAGGGGGAGAAUAGAAAAUGCGUCAAAAGUCUAACCUUGAAAUGUAGUCAACGGUCCUUUAUUUCAUUGGCUGCUUCAGCCUUCAUUUUAUGCGGGGAUUACCCGUCUUUAAAACAACCCAAUUGGAAAAUUUUGAAAAUUUGUAAAAAUAGCAAUACCAUUCAUUAUGUUGUUUUUUUUGCUUAGAAUCCCAUUAUGAUCAAAACAGUAUAUAUGUUCCAAA